UUUCUUUCCUGAACAUAUAGCAUUCAGUCGUGUUUCAACUGUAUACAAUGCCUGAUUGCAAAAUUGUGUUAGUUGCAAUAUUCCUCGGAGUUGCGAUAUGUGAUCCUAGAAACAGCGGAUACUCGACUACCACAAGUAGUAGUAACUACAUUGAAAACUGGAACGGAACUUUUAUUGUACCUUCAAACGCAACCACUGUAAAGGAUAAAGUUGAAAUCAAAGUUUACUAUGAAACUCUGUGUCAGUUCAGCGUGGACUUCUUCGUGCAGCAACUAGAGCCAGCUCUGAAAAGACUGCCUUCACAUUUAGACAUACAUUUAAUACCCUACGGACACGCCGAGACUAUUCGUGCAAAUGGUGGAUACAAGUUCAACUGCCAGCAUGGAGUCCCGGAGUGCUUCGGCAACACAUUGCAGGCAUGUGCCAUUGACGUGCUUAAGAACACCACCAAAGUACUCCCCUUCAAUACUUGCCUCAUGCAAAAUAUCUCAUAUCGAACCAGCUACAGCCACGUGAUGUCCGUUAUCAAUUGGUGUGGUGCGGAGCACGACGUCAACGUACAAGACAUUUGGCGAUGUGUGCACAGCCGCCGUGGUUCGUAUCUCCUGAAGAGAUAUGGAGACGAGACCCACGCGGUGGCUCCUGCUUUCGUGCCUUACCUGACGAUAGACGGCAGCACCCUGUACCAAGAACAAGCUUUAAACAAUUUAGUUGCAACAGUUUGCCAAAUGCUAACGCCAAAGCCGAGAGAGUGUUUGACUGAUUAAUUUUUGCCAUAUGUAGAUUAAUUUAUUUUUAAAAUCUUGUGUACAUAAGUUAAUAAAAUAAGUUAUUUUCGUA